UUACAGGCUUGAGCCACCGUGCCCGGCCUAGGCCUAUCAAUUUCUUGUCCAUCUCUCUUUCUCCUUGCUCAUUUUAAAAGGGAGGAUGGAGUUCUAAUGCUGCCAUAAACUGUGUCUUGGCAAGAUACUUCACUACUCGAGGUCUCACUUUUCCCAUCUAUAAAACAGGGUUUGGACGAGGUGUUCCCUGGUAUUCUGUGAUCUGCCUCUUGCUGCCAUUCUUUCUCUCCUCUGCUUUUCUGUAUUUUUCUUCUGUUAUCCCUGGGGAUGCUCAGGUUCACAUGAUUGUCUGUAUUUCUGUGUGACUGUAGCAAGGACUCAGCCUCAUGUAGCAUGAAUAGGGUUGUGGUUUAUGACAUGGUGACCCAGCAGAGAGCUCCCUCCCACUGACUUGUUCUGCAUGUGUCGGUUUUUCCCUGACUUUUUUUUUUUUUUUUUUUCAGACCAACCCUUUCCCUCUUUUCCUACCCCACAGCUCUAUUCUAUGUACGUUGCCAACAGCUUCACUGAACAGUGGGGUAUGUGAUGGUUUUGGCCUGACAUCUUCAGUAUGAGGGGGACAGUCUAUGACUUCACUUUGAGGGUGUGAUGUCUGUAGCUAUGUGGAAGGUAAAAAUAGUGGUGUGAUCACGAACCAAAGGAAUUUAUGUUUUGUAACUUGGGUACUUUCUUUUGCAUUUUGUUAAAGUAUUAAAUACUUUUUUCCUGUUUGGGAUCUUACUGUCUUUUUUUUUUUUACAGGUGUAAUUGGGCCUUUCUCUGUGAUAAUUGUUUCAGUCUCCUCAAAAUCCAUCUCCCUUCUUCCCAUUACACUUAAUGGCUUCUUUCUGUUGACUCUUUUUGGGAAUAAGAAGCAACAGGCUUCUGUCUCUCCUCAUCCUCAGCCUCCCCUUCAACUUGUUUAUUCUCCCAGAAACCUCCUUCUAACAUUCCGUCUCCCCAGUUUUGCUUAUGCUUGAAAAGUAGGCCCAAGAUAACAGUCUUAGGAACACAAUGAUUUCUCCUGGCUUUUUGCUUGUUUGUUUGUGUAAAGGGUAUCAGGACUCUGGAAAAGAGAAAAAAUUGCCUUCCUGGAUUCAGCCAAGACUGCUCCCCCUAGAAAAUGCACUCUCCUCCCCAAAGCCCGCCCCCUCACAGGAGGCAGGGUUUUUCUUUUGGGCAAACCUGCUCCUUGGGACAGGAGGUGGCAAAACCUGUUUGAAGAUGAGGUUACCUCCCUUCCACACCUCCCUCCUUGGAGGCCAGAACUACCACAGCUGAGACAAAAAAAGGUAAAGAAGUGUUGGGGGCUGGGACACCCAGCUCCCCAACAACUCUUAGGUGUUUAAAGAAGACAGGAAGACUUGUGAAGAUGGGAACCACACAAGAGGCAGGCAAAAAGAAGUUAGACGUUGGGGUCAGGGAGAGUGGAGAAGCAGCAGAACUAGGAGCAGCCCUGAGACGUGGGGAACUGGAGCUGAAGGAGGAAUGGCAGGAUGAAGAAUUCCCUAGAUUGCUCCCUGAGGAGGUUGGACCUUCUGGAGAUCCUGAAGAUCCUAAAGGAGACUCACAGGCAGGUACCCCCCUCACUUUAGCCCUGUGUGGCCAGCGCCCCAUGCGCAAGCGUCUUUCUGCCCCAGAGUUGCGACUGAGUCUGACUAAGGGGCCUGGAGCUUCUCCCACCCAGUCUGCACCUUCCUCUCCUGAUGGGAGUUCUGACCUGGACGUAGACGAAUUAGAGACACCUUCAGACUCGGAGCAGCUGGACAGUGGACACGAAUUUGAAUGGGAAGACGAGUUACCCCGAGCAGAGGGUCUGGGCGCCAGUGAGGCAGCUGAAAGGCUGGGCCGAGGCUGUAUGUGGGAUGUGGCUGGAGAAGAUGGACAUCACUGGAGGGUGUUCCGAAUGGGACCACGGGAGCAGCGUGUGGACAUGACUGUCAUUGAGCCCUAUAAGAAAGUCCUGUCUCAUGGAGGUUACCACGGUGAUGGUCUCAACGCUGUCAUUCUUUUUGCUUCCUGUUAUCUACCCAGAAGCAGCAUCCCCAACUACACCUACGUCAUGGAACACUUGUUUAGGUAUCUGGUGGGAACGCUGGAGCUGCUAGUAGCUGAAAAUUACCUGCUUGUUCAUUUGAGUGGAGGCACAAGCAGGGCCCAAGUUCCGCCUCUGAGCUGGAUCCGCCAGUGUUACCGCACCCUGGAUCGGCGGCUGCGAAAAAACCUGCGAGCCCUGGUGGUUGUCCACGCCACGUGGUAUGUGAAGGCAUUUCUGGCACUGCUUCGGCCCUUCAUCAGUUCCAAAUUCACACGGAAAAUCCGUUUUCUGGAUAGCCUGGAGGAGCUGGCCCAACUCAUAUCCCUGGAUCACGUCCACAUCCCUGAAGCUGUCAGACAGCUGGACCAGGAUCUCCAUGGCUCAGGAGGGACCUAGCACAGGACUGGAUAACGGGCCUUAGAACCAAGCGAAGAUGGUGACCUGCCUGCACCCGAAUCCCAGAAACAUCUGAGCUGUUCUGUAAAUCGUCUUAUCCCCAACCUCAGUACCACCGGUUCUUCGCUUCUCAGUGGGAUUGCGUCCUCUGCAUGACCCCUGCCUUCAGCUGGGCUUUGAGACUGGGAAGCUGAUCUGCUGGGUGACGUUCAUUCCAGCUGUUGGGGUGGAAGGCUGAGUGUAGGGUCAUUUUGUAUGGGAUAUGCAGAGCUGUGGGUUUUAAUCUUGCUUUUGCUGUAGAAGCUUGGGCAAAUACCUUCAUCUUUUCGGGUCCUCAUUUUCUUCCUGUCUAACUGGAGGGGCUGUGAUCCUUCCACCUUGGAUGGAAGAGGCCUACUUGACAGCCAGCCUGCCUGCUGGGAGCUGGGAGAGUCCGCUCAUUAAACCUUGAAAAACCGCUGUAUGCCCUUAUUCCUUCUAAGUCAUGUCUGCUACCUGAGAGCCUGGGAAGGAGUGCUUUCAAAACCCUGUAUGUUUGCCCUCUUGAGUAAAUUGAGAUCUGUAGAGGCUAAUAAACUGCGAUGAGACAUUUAA